AUGGACAGCGCCAUUCAAUCGGCCAAGUCCUUCGCCGAGCUAGCGAGGCAGACGCUGCUGGAUCUUGACGACCCCAAGGGACGAGCGGCAGUCGCACGCGCGACCGCGGUGAAGACAGUGACCGAGCACGUGACGGCGGAGGUGGGCGAGGCGAGGAAGGGGUUGGAGGAGUCGUUCAUCAAAUACAUCGGCGCCGCGCAGACCAACAUUGCCGCCGGCGUCGCGCCCCGCCUAGUCCAGCCGCCGCCGCCUACCGGCCCAGCGCAGGCCUUGCCGGAAGCUUUCCUGAAGUCUUUCAAGGAGGACGUGCUGAAGGCGGUGACGGAGACCACGCAGCAGUCCUUCCUCGCCUCCGGACUGAAGAUAAUGGCCGAGGUCGUCGGCACGGUGGCAGGCGGGGAGGCGGCGGGGGGGGGCGACGGGGACAAUUCGGCGAACACGAAGCGGAGCAAGGGAGGCGGGGGGUCUGGCGGCAGGGGGGGGGACGGAGACGAUUCGGCGGGCGCGAGGCGGACCAAGGGAGCGGCUGGUUCUCGCGUCGCCGGCGAUGGGAGCAUGGGAGCCGGCGACGGCAGUUCGUUGAAGCAGUCGGGGAAGAGCGUGGUCGACAUCCUCAGGAAGCACUGGGCUCAGGUUGGAGCGGCCAGCACAGGCCAUGGUGGUGGGGGUCCCGCCGACGAGCAUGCCACUGAUGACGCACUGCCAAUGGCUCCGCCUUCGGUCGGCGUUAAGCCACCACGACAGGGUAGCGGUGUGAAAGGCCUGCGCGACAAGGAGAAGGCCGCCGCCAAAACGGCCCCAGGCGGGUCCGCGAAAGCUGGCCAGGGCCCGAAGACAGGGGUUGCGGAGGCGUCAGCGGUUCCUCACCAGUCUCCCGCGGGUGCACGCCAUCCGACCGGACCGUCUGCCGGGCGACCUACCGACGUCCCGCGCCAUGCCGACAUACCGUCUGCCGACAAGGUUGGCCGCGCGGGAAAAGGGGCGGCAGUUGCGGACGCGCUCAAGGAGCAGCUCAGGCUCCUAGCCGGCCACAGGGCUGUUCAACAGGCCCCCCCUGCUGUCGACGUCCCAUCGGCCAGUGGGCCACGUGUAGUGCCGGUCGUCGCCGCCCGUACUCCUGCAGACCCAAAGUCCGCGUUGUUGCGCGCCCAGCUGGGCGCACUAGCGUCGACUGAGAGGACUCAGCAGGCUUCUGGCUCUGGCUCUAAGCCGUCGUCGGCGAAUGUCGCACCACCCACCCAUGUGGCAGCUGAUGUGGAGAAGGCGGCGGAGAAGGGCGUUCGUGCCGCGCUUGCCACCGGCGGCGGCGCCGUUGAGGAGGUCCCCGCAGACGCUGAUAUCGCUGCCAUACAGGCCCAUCUGGAUGCAGCCAAUCCCCGAACCCUGGCCAUCUCCGACACGGAACAUGUGGAGCCUUCGGCGGGACUCGUCGGCAUCGCGGCAGAGCCUAGUGCGACCGGUGAUGCGGUCGGUGAGGGAAAGUCGAAACGGAAGGGGAAGGCGGGCUCACAGAGGAAGACGCGGGAGAAGUCGGAGGUGAAGGCGGCGGAUAAACAGAAGGGGAUGGCGGCGGAGACGGCGGCGGACAAAGAUCGAGGCGGCAUUGGGGAGGUUGAAGGGAAAGGGGAGAAUCAGAAGUCGCCCGGCGAGGGUACGUCGACGGGGAGGAAGGGGAAGGACAAGUCGGUCGGAGAAGGUGCGUCGACCGGGAGAAAGGGGAAGGAGAAGGCGGUCGGCGAGGGUUCCUCGAAGGGGAGAAAGGGAAAGAGGAAGGCGGAGGAGGAGGAUGAGGAUGUCGAGGAGGUGGAGGAGGUCGAGCAGGAGGAAGAGGAGGAGGAGGAGGAGGAGGAGGAGGAGGAGGAGGAGGAGGAGGAGGAGGAGGAGGGGAAGGGCAAGGAGAGGAGGGGUCAUGGCAUCCGACACGAUACCUCGGGCGACAAGCAAGGGUGGGUCGGCGAGAUUAAGGUGCACGGCAUCAAUCGAUACAUCGGCAAGUCGCGGAACAAGAUGGAGCUCGCGUACGUUCACUCCAUCGCGUACGUCGUCUACGACGGUUUCGUGAGCAAGGUGCUCAUGACCGAGCUCACCGGCUUGGACAGCGCCGAAUUGGAGAGGUGGAAGGAGGUGUGGGAGGAGGUCAGGAUCUUGCCGACAGGGAUGUGGACGGUGAUGUGGGCCCGGGGUACGCUCCUUCCAAAGACACGGCUGACGGAGAUCCUCGACGCGUAUCGCCAUUACAAGUCCACAGGCGAUUGUCUCCACGCCGCGCUCCUGCCAGCGAUAUGGUACCCAGUCGAUGCUAGCACCGAGGAAGGCCGGGAGAAGUCGGCGUCCAUGAUGUCGGCGAUGAUAGGCCGCGUGUCAAUGUGCGCUGCAUAUGGGAAGACCGCUGCGGCAGCGGCGAAGAAGGAGGGAGACAAGGAGGAGAAGACGGAUAUGGCAGCAUGGGCGUUAGCAGCAUCCGCAUGCGCUGUGUGGUGCUUCGUCGAGAACGGCGAUGCCCAGCUGGCGGAUGCUGUGGAAGAAGGGAAGUCGGCGGCGAUCAUCGGCGGAGCGAGCCAGGCGACCGCCGAUGUAUUCGGAAAAGUCAUGGAGGCGGUGCUAAAAGCCGAGAUGAACAGGGACCGCCCCUUGGGAGAGGUUGCCUACAACGUCGCGCCAGCACUCCAGAGGACCGCCCUUGAUACGGUAUAUCCGGGGGGGAAUGCUGGAGUAGAUGCCGACGUUAUCGCUAGAGCGACGGUUGAGACGAUGGCGUUUUGGGGAAUGUGCCCCGUCGCCGGGCCGAAACUAAGAGCGAGGGACAUCGCGGUGCCGAUUGACGCGCAGAUGAAGGCCGAUCUUGACAACAGGGGGAGGAAGGGUCUGAGGGGCAAGAAGGGGACGAAGACCAAGGGCGGCACGGAGAAGGUCAAGAAGUCGAAGAAGGACAGCACGACGGCCUAG